AUGGGUCGUUCUCUUUGCUGUGAGAAAGCCCACACCAACAAAGGUGCAUGGACCAAAGAAGAAGAUCAGCGCCUCAUCAACUACAACAGAGCCCAUGGCGAGGGCUGCUGGAGAUCUCUCCCCAGAGCCGCAGGUUUGCUGCGUUGUGGAAAGAGUUGCAGAUUAAGAUGGAUAAAUUACCUGAGGCCUGAUCUCAAAAGAGGCAAUUUUACUGAAGAAGAAGACGAGCUCAUCAUCAAACUCCAUAGUUUACUUGGAAACAAAUGGUCUCUAAUUGCUGGUAGAUUACCCGGAAGAACGGACAAUGAAAUCAAGAACUAUUGGAAUACCCACAUCAGGGUACUCCAGAUGCCACUUAUAUGGAAUUUUGAGGAUAAAAAUGGAUUGGCUGGGCUUGGCGGGGGUGGAUUGCAGAGAAGAGAGGGGGGUGGCGAUGACAAGGGAGGGAGAAAAAUUGGGAGAGGGAGGGAUGGGUCGAAUGACGGUGGCAGUGGCGGUGGUGCGGGCCGAUUUGCUAGGAAUAAGUGGGACGGGGUUGCAGGGAGAGGGGAGAGGGAGUGGUUGCAGAAUAUCGUUCAUGAGAAGAAGAUGAAGAGGAAGGAGAAGGAGAAGGAGAACGAGACGAAGAAAGAUGAGGGGUGA